AAAUACCACGCUUUUAAAACGAAAUUCUGCUCCCUCUUUCAUGCGCCGACUGGGCACUGUAACACGCGGUGUUGGUUUACAAUACAUCUUUUAAUUGUGUGAAGAUAUAAAACAUUGUUAUGCCACAAAGGAAGCGUACAAAAAACAGAAACAAAGGGUGAACGGUAGCGUCACGGAUCCGCUUGGCGAGCGAUUGGCCGCUCGGCGUUUCCGCUAAAAUCAAAUCGUCCGGGGUUUUGUUUUGAAUCAGCAGGUUUUACUGUCUGCGGAGAAAAGCUCGCACGUCGGCGCGGGUGUUAUCAUUUAUCACUUAUAUAAGACUGUAAUUGUUAAUUAAGGUUUCAUCUGAAGUCCCCUGAAGCCAGCGGAUGGAGUCCAUGGGAGAGUUUGACUCCGAGUGCCCCAUGGUGAAGCGCUUCUGCCAGCAGAUGUCAGAGGACGAUUUUGAGCGGGAGGGCCUGACGUACACCCAGCAGGCACUGCAGGACCUGUUCGCCGCCAUGGAACAGCGACCCGAGCUGUGUGAGCGGGUAGUCCGCCGGAGAAAGCAGAAGGAGCUGGAACGCGGGGCUGUGGGCACCAGCAUGAAGGCCAAGUUCUUCUGCGCAGUGGAGGGUCAGAUGAACCGGUGCAACACGGUGGGUGCGGAAGAGCUGCAGGACAGGGUGGGCCAGCUGCGUGCAGAGAUGGAGAGGGUGCAGGCGUAUGCGCAGGAGGCUAAAUGUGCAACAAAGCGAUCAUCUCAGCGUUUAGCUGACAAAAGGCGACUGCCGUUGGACAGAGCAGCAGGACAAGGAACACCCACCCCUUCCCUGUGUCCUGGAGUUCCACCUGUUCCUCCCCCCCUGCCUCCUCCCCCUCCUCCAGCCACACCCCUUCGAGAAAACGCCAAAAUUCAGCAGGUUGCAGCCACGCCAGAUCUACUCACCAGCUACGGCCUCUCUCGUCUGAACCGACCCAUUAGCACUGUGGAGCUCUGCAGUCCCCUGCCUGGCGACUCCAAGCCACGCCUGGACAUCCAGACAGAGCUGCUUGCGUAUAACCCGGCCCAGAGGCUGAAGGCAACCGGUAUCGCAAGGUCUCCUGGGGGUACGCCCACAUUGCGAGCACCAAUCAGGGACCAGAGGAGAUCUCCCAUGUCCGCCUUCAACACGGCAUUGCUCUCCAAAUUCCAGAACGCACAGAGUCCCCCCCAGGAUGCCUCAGUCCCAGAAGCUCAGCCCAGCUCUGACAGUGAGGGGGAUGGCUUUGUGACACCCCCCGACUCACCUUGAGGCUUCACCCUUUACCUGUUCCAAUGCUCUCAAAGAGCUUUCAAUCAGGAUCUACUCUGACUGUGAACCAAUGCAUCCCUUCCCUGAAUGAUCAAAUAAUAAUGUAUAAAUAUUUCCUGUUAGCCCCAGUACACUGUUCCUAAAUCUUUUCUGUCCUUUCAGAAGCACAGGCCUACACCUCUCUUUUAACCAGCGGCAUUUUUUUUUCUUUUCAGAAAGGAAAUCAUGCCAAAUAAUUGUGUACUUGCUCAAUAUAUUUCUGUGCUACUGGACAAGGAUGCAGAGAUCUUAAUGCUCUGAGUCACUGAAAUAGUUGUUUUUGUGGAAUUAUACCCUGACUGUUGUUAUCAGCUGGUACAGCAGCUGCUUUUAGGUAAGAAGGGUAAAUGUUUGAGUGUCUCUUGGUGUUUUCUGCAGGCUGCAAUCCCAGCCGCUCUGGGACCAACCAAAAGCACAUCUCAGGGAACGAGCAACACAAAGGACACUAGAUCAAUGUUCCUCAACCCAGUCUUCAGAGACCCCCAGACAGUCCACGUUUUUGCUCCCUUCCAUCUCCCAGCACACCCGAAUCAAUUAAUCAAACGAGGGAGGGAGCAAAAAUGUGGACUGUCUGGGGGUCCCCAAGGACUGGGUUGGUAAACUGCCCUAAAUCAUUAAGAUUUGGACACCAAAACCAUGGUGGAUGUAGUCUGAGGGUCAUUCCCAGAUGUUCAGAUAUCUGUCUGUCACUGGGGUGAUCAUUCAUGGUUUCUAGAACAGAAUGUCUAUAACACAGAAUCAAAAUCGUGUUGAUAUGGGAUAGACCAAGAGCACCACCUCCUCAUUGGAUGAAAUUCCCACAUGAGAUAAAGACCAUGUGUUUAGUUGUGCUCCAGAUCACUGCUUUAUGAAGACCUUGGGUUCACUAAAAUUCUGCUAUCAUUUUGUUCACAUGUGGUAUUGAAUACAGACUGAGGGAAAAGUGAAUUAGUGUUUUGAUCUUGCAUUAUAAAAGGUGAAGGGGUCUGAUUACUUUCUAAACGCACUUCAUAUCAUAUCGUAAGCAUUAUAAAUCCAUAAACGCUUAACUUUCUAACAAUAUUCUUAUUGGCUAAAUACUCUGACCCGCUUUUGUACCAACUUCAGUUCUGUGCAGUUCAGUCAUGCUGUGGUUGAUGACAAAAUAAACUGAUCCAGCAAGU